AACAGUUGUGUUUGUGGGGCGAGUUACACUGGAACAUGUUAGGGCAAGUACCAGUGGUAAAAUGAAGGCAAAAAAAAUGUAAAUAUACUUUAAAAACGUCGAAACCUCUUCAGUAGUUUGUAGUUCUUUGGGUAAUACAUUUUAGUCUUCUGAGCCCGUUGCGGUAAAGUCGCCAGAAUGUUCGCUCUUAAACGUGUUUUGUCCGCUGUGCUUCAAAGCACCUCCCUCUGUGUGAGCCACUUCUCUGCUUGUCAUUGCCUCAAAACAUCCAGAAAACGCAGCCCGUACAGUUCAGUGGACAGUGAGCGCUACUCUUCUCUGGUGAAGUCCGUCAUGUCCUCCAGGGUAAGUUCCCAAACCCCCGAGACCCUCCAAGCAGAAGACGACCACAUCUAUGGACCUGUUGUUAAGGCUCAGACUCCCACAAGACCAGAGGUGAGGGGACCUAAGACCCUGCAUCCUUUCUUGAACUGUGAGGAGACUGUAGAAACAGAAGAGCCGGAGUCAGGACCUCCAGCCCGGAUUUCGCUAAACCGAGGACAGGGUAGAUCUUUCGUGCCGAGUGUGACCAGAAUACUUCAGCAGACUCUUUCCCCAGAGCAGAUCUUCUACCUGGAGAGAUGGAAGAGGAGGAUGAUAGCAGAGCUGGGAGAGGAAGGCUUCAAAGAACACAGUCAGAAUUUAUUUAGACAAGGGAAGCUUCUCCAUUCAGCUCUGGAGGACAUUCUAACAUCAGGUGCAGCAUGGAAGAACAGAGAUCCUUCAGAGACUCCAGAGUAUCCACCUGAAGUACGAGGAUACCUGGAGAGCAUCUCUCACAUACUGGAGGAUGUCAGUGCAGUGAGAGCCAUUGAAAGCACUGUACAACAUGCUACGCUAAACUACCUGGGAAUUGUGGACUGUGUUGCUCGCUACAGGGGUGUACUUUGUGUUAUUGACUGGAAGACGUCAGAUAAACCCAAACCAUUCCUAAGCAACACAUACGACAACCCUGUUCAAGUGGCAGCCUAUGCUGGGGCUUUGAACAAUGACAGCAACUAUAAAUACCAGGUUGAAAAUGGACUCAUUGUUGUGGCCUACAAGGACGGCUCACCUGCCCAUGCUCACCAACUCAGCUCAGAGCUGAUGUCGGAGUACUGGAAGACUUGGUUGCUACGCCUUGAAGAAUUCACAGAAAAAAGAGCCAGUCAUGCUUCCAGCACACUGCCAGAAAAGAGAUGAGAUGUGCAUGGAAUGAUCUGCAAGGACCUUCACCAAAAAUAUAACUUGCUCCUACAAUAACAACCAAUCAAGAACAUUUCAACCAAAUUUCUGACUUGCAUUUCCGUUUCAGCUCUUCUAUUUUUUAUGUUACAAAGGCAGGUUAAAUGAGCUCAGACUCGAACCAUAACGUAUUAUUCUGGGAUCUUUGGCACAAAAUGUUACUUUCAUCGAAUAUUUAAAAUCAAUUGAAUUCAAACCAGGCUUUCCUGUAUGAGGGAUCUUCAGUAAAGCCCAGGUUUGUAAAGAGCCUGUAAGAGGUCGUGUUCUCCUCCUCUAUGAAGCAGUACACUGGGAGGCCCAGAGCAUGGUGUCUCUUGGCCAUGCUGCUAAUCAGGACUUUGGCAUAGCCUUUCCCUCGGUGCUCCAGCAGAGUGUACAACAUUCCCAUGGCGCACGAGUUAUAGGUCAGGAUCCACGACACGGGCCGUCCGUCAGCAUCCAGCACGCAGCAGGAGGGAAAGUUUGAAAUCAUCCUGUGGAUCAUCCCAUCAGCUCCUUCGUGCUCGACAAACUUCCAUGUCUGGGAUACCAAACCAAUGUGUGAUUCAUCCAGGGAGCUUAGCGAGAUCCCUGAGCUGAUGCAGAGCAGAGCAAAUAGCUUUUAAGAGCAGAAGCUUUUUUUUAUUCAUAAACAUGAAACCUAAAAUAAUGCACUGACUCAUGAUGUGAUUAACAUGGAUAGGUCCUACCUGUCUAUAGGGGGAAGCUUGGAUAUGUCUUCCAGUCUCAUCCGAUGACACACUGAUAUUUUCCUGCAGGGCACAUUUUUCUCCGAUACCAUUUUUUUGAAUAUCUCCAUGUGGGAAUUGUUGAUUCCUUAAACAGAAGCAAUCAAAAGCUGUAAUGUGUGAAACUUCAUUUGUAUUCAUACAAUGUAUAUUCGUUUUAUUGAGAAAAUGCCUUAUAACAUGAAUAAUGACUAAACUUGCUCUGUCUAUCAGAGGUGCAACUACGCUUUUAAACCAUGUGUGCAAAUGUUUAUGUAUUUAAAGGACUAAAAAACAUUUAAAGUUG